AUGGCUCCCCGAUUCGAAAACCUCUUCAUCGAUUCCCCGGCCUCAGCACCAGGAGUCCACAUCAUCACGCUAGACAAGCCGCCCGAGAAUCGGCUGACUGUGGCAUUUGCUCAGACAAUCAUCAAUGCUUUACGCUAUAUCGAAAGAGACUUGAUGAUGCCCGACUCUCCAGGAGCUGUCAUCAUUUCGUCCUUUUCCGACAAGUUCUGGUGCACCGGUCUCGAACUGGAUGAGUCCGAUUCCAACAUUUACGCCAGUUCAGAUGGCUUUUAUCCGCUCCUCGCCACUCUGCUCGACUACCCAUACCCCACCAUUGCUCUGAUCACAGGACACACAUUCGGCGGUGCAUGCCCAUUUAUGCUUUCUUGUGAUUAUCGGAUCAUGAACAGCAAGCGUGGCUUCAUCAGCAUGCCACCGGUUAAUCUCGGUCUACACUUUGACGGCAUUGGUGCCCUUCCUCGACUGAAGCUCCAACCUCAGAUUGCGCGGAAGAUGCUGCUCGAGGCGCACAAGUGGACUGGGGAAGCUGCCCUGAAGGACGGGGUCGUCGACGAGCUCAGUCCACCAGAGAAGAUGAGACAGAGAGCCGUCGAGUUUGCGAGCAAUGUUGCCCCUCGGGCUACCAUGGGAGUUUAUGGCCUUUUGCGAGCAGAACUAUGGGGCGAGGCUCUCGACAAGUUCAAAGCCAUUAGUUAUGUGCAUAGAAAGCGGAUAGGUACGACUACCAAAGCAAAGGUUUAA